CGCGGAAGAAACGAGGGGGCCGCUCUACCCUGCAGUCCUCUCGUCUCGCUAGCCUAGCGGAGGACUGUGUCUCCCGGCCCCCGCCGGCGGAGCACAAAGGAGAGGCGGAAGUGGGCGGCUAGAGGGACCUGCCUGCCGCUCUAUCCGCGCGGGCCCUAGUCUCGGCGCUCCCCCAAGGAGGACUGACGGCAGGCAGGGAGCCGGGGGAGGGGGAGAGAGAAGAUGGCGGAGGCCUCGGCAGCGGCCGUCGUGUCCCAGCAUCGCUUCUUCUGCCACAGCUGCAAGGGGGAGGUCAGCCCCAAGCUGCCGGAGUACAUUUGCCCCAGAUGUGAAUCUGGCUUUAUUGAAGAAGUGACAGAUGAUUCCAGUUUUCUAGAUGGUAGUGGCAGUGGAAUAGACGACAGUCCAUCCACACAGUUUGCAGAGCUUUGGGACCACUUGGACCACACAAUGUUAUUCCCAGACUUCAGACCAUUUCUGAGCAGCAGCUCGCUGGAUCAAGACAGCCGAGAUAAUGAAAGGGGCCAUCAAGCACAUGCGGAUCUCUGGGGACCAAGCAGGCCCCCGCGGCUGCCCAUGACGCGGAGGUACAGAUCCCGGGGCAGCUCACGUCCAGAUAGGUCUCCUGCUAUUGAAGGAAUAAUACAGCAGAUCUUUGCAGGCUUUUUUGCAAACUCAGCAAUGCCAGGCUCACAGCACCCUUUUUCCUGGAGUGGAAUGCUGCACUCAAAUCCAGGUGACUAUGCAUGGGGACAGAGCGGCCUUGAUGCUAUUGUGACCCAGCUUUUAGGACAGUUGGAAAACACAGGACCGCCCCCAGCUGACAAAGAGAAGAUCACCUCUCUUCCAACAGUGACAGUAACUCAGGAACAAGUCGAUACAGGUUUGGAGUGUCCUGUGUGUAAAGAAGACUAUACAGUAACGGAGCAGGUCCGACAGUUACCGUGCAAUCACUUCUUCCACAGCAACUGCAUUGUGCCAUGGUUAGAACUGCACGACACGUGUCCAGUCUGCAGAAAGAGCUUAAAUGGCGAGGAUUCCACUCGGCAAACACAGAACCCGGAGGCCUCAGCAAGUAACAGCUUUAGCAGCGAAAGCCAGUUACACGAUCGAUGGACUUUCUGAAGCUUGAGGGCUUCCCGGGGGCUGUGGCCGUAGUAUUCUUACUACAGUUGUAAAUUGUAUUAUAAUUAAAACCAACAAAAAAAGAGUAGCAGGAAAUAUAGGGGAGGGAACCCAACCCAUGAUAUUACUGCAACGAGUGCUGUCCCUUUCCAAAACGUAAACGUGCAUCUCCGAGCGAAUCGCAUCUCCAUCAGAAUUGCCUCUUUAGUCCUGAAUUCAGAGUCUUUGAGUGAGUGGUUUGAUUUUUAUACUUGUGAAACCUUAAUUAACGUGGUUCUUUCAAAGUGUGUGAGGAAGGGAGCAUUUCCAUCUCUACAGGCUCACUGGGGUCCUGAGCGCUGUCAGGCAGCGUUCAACAUUGGGAUGGAAUUCCCCCCACCUUACCCUCAGUGUUCCUAGAUAAAAUGUCAUGGAGAAGUUUGGGGCAGGGGGGAAUACUCCCGCUUGGUAACGUAUUUGAUUAGAUGGGAGCAGCUGCUAAGGGAUGCAAACAAGGAUUUUGACACAUCUCCCUUGCCCCAUUCCGCUCCCCUAAAACAGAGUGGGUGAAAUUGAAUCUAUCAGUGUUUACCUCUUCUCUUGAAUUCAAGUGAAAUACACACAGUGUUCUAGGUUACUUACGGGGGUGGGAGUGAGAAUUUAUAAGAUAAAAGAGGGUGAAGAAUCUCUUUGGAUCAAAAUGUCUUGCCCAUGGCUUUUCUGUGAGGGGUGAUUUUGGGCCGGGAGAUGCAGUGAUCCAGGAUUCUGGGGAGCAGGCAUGCACAGAACAUUUUUGUCUCAUGACCUGAUUUUUCUAGUUUUUAUCCAUGUGCCGAUGUUCCCAGGUUUGUCCAAAACGGGUUGUUUGGAAAUUUUUUUUUUUAAACCCAUCUGGACAGUAAUUCAUAUAGGAUCCUUAACUGACUUGUAUCAUAUGGACCACUUUAAGGCAUCCUUCAGGUAAACAGACUUAACUGUGCAUAACUGUUUUAAUGGCUGAUUCUUCAGUGUUUAACAUGAAAUCUUAAUUCUCCUAGACCGAUAACAUUAAGAGACUCUUUUUUUUUUCACUUCUGUAACAUUUCAUCCAUGUUUAGCUCUUGUUUUUAUCGUCCAAAUCAUGUUUGAGCGUAAAAUGCCCACUAACCCACCUGUGGCAGUGUUAAAUCAGUGGAUCAGCCCGGAGGAAGGAGGAAAGGAGAGGGUAGGUCGCGUCUAAACUUGUUGCCACUUCAUUGCUGUAACAGUGUACCAGGUACACUUGAUUUAAACUAGUGUUUCGUUUGCUAUAAAGUCAAAUAAAGGCCUUUCUAAAGAA